AUGUCGCUGAAGAAUUACAAGCACGAUGAAGAUGAUGGCGAGUUGCCGCCGCUAGUUACAGGGCGUGAGUCCAAUCUCGCUGAGAUUCUGGGGAAAGUGCGGAACGAUGGGGGCCACAAUUUGGUGAGUGCUGAUAAAGUAGAUAGGUCUAACAAGCAGGUCGAGGUGCCUUUGAGUUCUAAUAGUGGCAUUCAAACAGAAAAAAAGAGGAUUCCUGUGACUAUAAUUACCGGUUAUUUGGGCAGUGGUAAGUCUACGUUGCUUGAGAAGAUAGCACUAAAGGGCUCAGACAGGAAGAUAGCUGUGAUAUUGAAUGAGUUUGGGGACAGUAGUGAGAUAGAAAAGGCUAUGACUAUUCAAAAUGGAGAUUCUAAGUACCAGGAGUGGUUAGACCUGGGCAAUGGUUGUCUAUGUUGCUCCUUGAAGAAUAUUGGUGUUAAGGCCAUCGAGGAUAUGAUCGAGAGAUCACCUGGGUCCAUUGAUUAUAUUCUGCUAGAGACGUCUGGUAUUGCUGAUCCUGCACCAAUAGCGAAAAUGUUCUGGCAAGACGAAGGACUCAAUAGUAGUGUGUACAUUGACGGAAUAAUUACGGUGCUAGACGCAGAACACAUUGUAAAAUGUUUGGACGAUGUGUCACCAGACGCGCAUUGGUACAACCAGAGUGUGGUUAAAGAAGAGAACCUAACUAUUGCUUACUUUCAGAUAGCUAUGGCCGACCGCAUCCUGCUAAAUAAAGUAGAUAAGAUUGAGGGUAAAAGAGUUUCGAUCAGUGAUAUUGAAGCUAGAAUAAAAGACAUCAAUGGUGUCGCGCCAAUAUACCAUACACAGUAUGGUGAAGUCUCUUUAGAUAAAUUGCUUGACUUACAUGCUUAUGAAGGCACAGACCUAAAUUUGGAUGGCAGUUUUAAGGAUAGAAUUCUCCAAAAUGAGAAGGUCAUGCAUGAUCAUAGAAUGGGUACCGUCACUUUAUCUUUCAGGCCACUUAAAACAGAACAGGAGUUUGAGAAUUUUAAGAGAAAUUUCUUACAGAAAUUAUUGUGGAAGAAUUUUGGUCUUAGCGAUGACGAUGAGAUUAAGAACUUGAGUAAACUAUCAGACGAUUGGGAAAUUGAGAGGUCUAAGGGUCUUGUCUUGGUUGCAGAUAGCACUUAUGUGAUUCAAGGUGUUAGAGAUACCUUUGAUAUCUUUACAGGGCAUUCAGAUGAUACCAUAAGUGACUGUAAGUUGGUGUUAAUAGGUAAAUACCUUGACAAGGACAGUAUUCAAAAGCUCUUGUUGAGAGUGAUUGAUUCCAAGUAA